GAAUUUGUUUUUGCUUUGCUUUGCUCAACUUCAUCCUCGCUCCAUUUAUCCCUCCCCUUUCCCUUUUCUCUUCCUUCUUUCCUCCCCAUAGAAAUGGCCUCUCGCUUACUCCUCUCUAACGCCUUCAGCCUUGGCCGUCCUUCCUUGGCCCGCCAGGCCAUCCGUCCUCUUGCCACAGCUGCCACCCAGUUUGGUACUCGCAUCACCUCUCUCAAGAACGGCUUAACAGUCGCCACCGAAUCCAACCCCUCCGCCCAGACUGCUACCGUUGGUGUCUUCAUUGAUGCUGGCAGUCGUGCUGAGACUGCCGCGAACAACGGUGCUGCCCACUUUUUGGAGCACAUGGCCUUCAAGGGCACCGCAACUCGCAGCCAGCACGACAUUGAGAUGCAGAUUGAAAACAUGGGAGCUCAUUUGAACGCCUACACCUCUCGCGAACAGACUGUCUACUACGCAAAGUCAUUCAAGUCUGAUAUUCCAAAGUCUGUUGAAAUCCUUUCUGACAUUCUUCAAAACUCCACCUUGAACAACGCUGCCAUCGAGCGUGAGCGUGAUGUCAUUCUUCGUGAGCAGCAGGAGGUUGAGAAGCAGCUCGAGGAAGUCGUCUUUGAUCAUUUGCACGCCACCGCCUUCCAAGGUGAGGCUCUCGGUCGCACCAUCUUGGGACCAAAGGAGAACAUCAAGUCCUUGACCCGCGAUGAUCUUGCCAACUAUAUCAAGACCAACUACACUGCUGAUCGUAUGGUCCUUGUCGGUGCUGGUGGUGUUGAUCACGAUGCUCUUGUCCAGUUGGCUGAACAGCACUUUAGCAAGCUCCCUGUCUCGGCCAACCCCACUGGCCUUGGCAAGACCUACACCUUCGCCCCCAACUUUACUGGUUCCGAGAUCCGUCUUCAGGAUGACACCAUGACCCAGGCUCACAUUGCCAUCGCUGUCGAGGGCUGCGGCUGGACUUCACCAGACUACUAUACCAUGCUUGUGAUGCAGUCCAUCAUCGGUACCUGGGAUCGCUCCCUCGGCGCCUCUGCUCACACCUCAUCCCGCUUGUCGGCCAUUGUUCACCAGAACAAGCUGGCCAGCUCUUUCAUGUCCUUCAACACUUCCUAUACUGAUACUGGUCUCUUUGGUAUUUACUUCAUCACCGAGAACAAGGAUUCCCAGGAUGAUUUGGUCCACUUUGCUCAGAAGGAGUGGGCUCGUUUGACUACCUCCGUCACCGCUGCCGAGGUCGAGCGUGCUAAGCAACAGCUCAAGUCAUCCCUUCUCUUGGGCUUGGACGGCACCACUGCCAUUGCUGAGGAUAUUGGACGUCAAUUGGUCACAACUGGCAAGCGCACCUCUCCUCAGGAGGUUGAGAAAUUGAUCAGCAAGAUCACAGCUGAUGAUGUCCGCCGUGUUGCCUCUCAGUACCUCUGGGAUCGUGAGAUCGCCAUGGUCGGUCUCGGUCCCAUCGAGUGCUUGCCCGAUUAUGUUCGCGUCCGUAACUCCAUGUCCUGGAACAGAUUCUAAACAAACUAGACACAUUACAUUUGAUAAGAUAAGAUAGGAUUGGAAUUGGAUUGGAUAAGAAGCACAAAAAAAAAAAAAACAC